AUGAGCCUGACCCCGGCGCCCCGGUCCCCGCGGCCCGGCCUGGCAGCGUCCCAAGCGGGCUCGGUGACGCUGUCUCCAGUAGUGGUUCUGAACGUGGGGGGCGAGCUCUACACCACCACCGUGGGCACUCUGAGAAGACACCCUGACUCAAAGCUGGCAGAGAUGUUCUCCAGCGCGGCCAAGGUCUGCAUGGACUCGGAGGGCCGCUUCUUCAUCGAUCGCCCAGGCACCUACUUUGGCCCAAUCCUCGACUUCCUGCGAAGCGGGCAGCUGCCAACUCAGAGCCUCCUGGAGGUGUACCGGGAAGCUCAGUUCUAUGAAAUCAAGCCUUUGGUCAAGCUUCUGGAGGAUACGCCAAAGAUCUUCGGCGAGCAGGUGGCUCGAAAGCAGUUUUUGCUGCGGGUUCCCAGCUACAGCGAGAACCUAGAGCUCCUGGUGCGCCUGGCCCGCGCGGAGGCCAUGGCGGCCCGGCGCUCCAGCGUACUGGUGUGCGCCGUGCGCAGGGACGAGGAUGCUGUCCACUGUGUGGACACCCUUCGCACCCUGGAGGCGAACAAGACGUCAGUGGUCAAGUUCGGGCCCUGGAAGGCGGCCCCGACCAUCAGGGACCUCCUGGACUGCGUGAAGAUGGACAUUGAAGCUCAGGGGUACCAGGUAGCCUAUGAGCCCUUUACCUGUCGGGGCAAGGCGGGCAAUCACUUCUACACAUUCUUCUUCUCCUGGUGGUAACCCCAGGAGUGAGGCUGGAGGUGCUGCCUGCUGUGGGCCCUGGUGGGGCAUAUGGAAUUAAAAGUUACCAUGAAAAGUCAUCUUCCAUUAAUUAUAGAAACCAACAGAGCAUCCAGCUUGGUCUUCUAGGCUCCACGCCCCCAAAUAUUUAUUUUCCUCUUGAAGUAGAGUUUCCACCAAUGGAAACGGACCUAUUGCCCUUGCCUAGUGUGGUGACGCUGUACCCUUUUCAAAGUGACAAGUCCCCUCCUUCUGAAGCCCAAAGCAAGGCAGAGACCAGUUAAAAUGUUUCAACACUGCUCUGACAGAAGAUGGGGAGGGGGUGGUGGUGACGACGGGGAAAUAACACAAGGUACCACGAAUCUGGAUCACAGGUUCCCAAAUUUAUUUGGCCUACUACCCUCUUUUUAGAAGAAAAAAAUUUGCUCCGUACCUCAUGGCAAUGAGACACUUUUGGGAUAGGAUAAAGCAUAGGGACUGCUUUGACCGCUCCCCUGGGUUGUGAAACAGUGAUGUCGUAGUGUGAACUAAGAAGGUAGUCUGACGAGCUUCAGGUUGUGGUCCAGUCCAGCUAGGAGCUGGUAUGUUCUUCCCUGAGGAAGACACCCGGAGGUCAAGUUAGUACCUGUGGCAGAUGCGGUCAAGGAGCCCUCUGCCAAAGGCUGGGCAUGUUGGCUGUUACUUCUCUAAAGCAGUGGUUCUCAAAGUGUUGUCUGGCAUCAGAAGCAUUAGCAGUGUUCCCUGGCAAGAUUUUGGAAAUAAAAAUCCUCAGAUCCUACUUCAGACCACAGUUUUACCAAGCAGUCUGUUUUAGCAAGCCCUCUAAGGGACUCUGAUGGACCCUAACGUUGAGGCCGAUUCAGAGAAUUUCCCUCAGCCAACAGGAGACUGACCUCUUGCCUCAGGAAGAAGCAACUCUGGUGCGUUUCCUCUGCCAGAAGUCUCACGAGUCAAAUUGAAGUCCUUCUUCAUCUGUGAUUACAUUCUUACUCAUCAAAGUCCAGGUCUGAGAUAAAUGGCUCCUUCCCACCAAGGGUGGCUAACAUCUCAGUGUGUCAACAGCCAAAGGGUUGCCUGGACACAGACUUUUAAGCAGGUUCCAGGAAAACAGGAUGAGUUGGUUACUGUGCUGCCUACCCAGGUCUCCUUCGCUUUUCUCUCUAGGAAGUCCCUUAACCUCCCACUCAGGGAAGACUGGUGUGCCUGCAGGAACCUGGCUUGGGGCCCUCUUGGGAUAACCACUGUCUCUAUGCAGACCUUGAACAAACCAUUACCUUUUCCCUCUUUACUACACCUGCUACUCCUGCCACAUCUCUGUGACAUGUUUCAGUCCAGGUCCCAAAGCCUGCCUCUCUUGGGGGCUUAGAACCUGAUUCUCAUAUAUACAUAUGAGUCUCUGGGUUACUAUUGACCAAACUACCAACCCUGUAAAACCUAUUAGGUGAAAAACUUGAACUACAUAUAAUGGUUAAUAAUAAAUAGAUGCUACUUUAUAACCGUG